AUGUUUAAAAUUUUUUUAUUCUUAAUAUUAUCAAUUUCUUCUCUAUCCCAAGCAGUUCCCUUCGGUCAGGUAUUCAAUGGAAUUGCUUCUUUUUAUAAUAAUCCAGGUCUUGGUUCAUGUGGUUCUCAAAUUGAUGCAGGUACUGAAAUGUUGGUUGCUGCACCAGCUGCUCAUUGGACAUCUGGAAACCCAAACAGCGACCCACUCUGUACUGAAAAUGUCUACAUUAAAGUUACUUAUAAUGGCAAUGUUAUCACUGUACCGGUCAAGGACAAAUGUCCAUCAUGUCCACCAAAUAAAAUUGAUCUUUCCAAACCUGCAUUUGCUCAACUUGCAAACCUUGACGUAGGAAUCAUUCAAAUCACAUGGGAGUAUGUUCGUGGCUCUGGUCCAUCAUCUAGCACUCCAAGCUCCUCUGGCUCUCCUCCAAUUGGUAGUGGUUCAUCAUCGGGUGGUAAUGGCCAAACUGUUACAGUUGUUGGUGGUGAUACUUGUUAUGCAAUCUGGACAACAAAAUGUGGUCAUAAUUGGGAUCAGUCUGCUUUCAGUCAAGCUAAUCCAAGUGUUAACUGUGCAUCUCUUCAAAUUGGACAACAAAUAAGUUGUGGUGGAAGCGGUGAUAGUGGAAGUUCAUCAAGUGGAACAACUGUUGUAGGUGGAACUUCUUCAUCUAGUGGUAGUGGUCAAACAAUCACAGUUGUUGGUGGUGAUACUUGUUAUGCAAUCUGGACAACAAAAUGUGGUCACAGUUGGGAUCAGUCUGCCUUUAGCCAAAGUAACCCAGGAGUUAACUGUGCAUCUCUUCAAAUUGGACAACAAGUAAGUUGCGGUGGAAGUGGAGGUGGUUCUCCUUCCCCAAACUCAAUCGGUGGAACUUCAUCAUCUAGUGGUAGUGGUCAAACUGUUACAGUUGUUGGUGGUGAUACUUGUUAUGCAAUCUGGACAACAAAAUGUGGUCACAGUUGGGAUCAGUCUGCCUUCAGUCAAGCUAAUCCAGGUGUUAAUUGUGCAUCUCUUCAAAUUGGUCAACAAGUUAAAUGCGGUGGAGGCGGUAGUGGUGGAUCUCCAUCUUCAAACUCAAUCGGUGGAACUUCAUCAUCUAGUGGUAGCGGUCAAACUGUUACAGUUGUUGGUGGUGAUACUUGUUAUGCAAUCUGGACAACAAAAUGUGGUCAUAAUUGGGAUCAAUCUGCUUUCAGUCAAGCUAAUCCAAGUCUAAACUGUGCAUCUCUUCAAAUUGGACAACAAGUAAGCUGUGGUGGAAGUGGUGGAAGUGGUGUUCCUUCUUCCUCAUCUUCCAAUUCAAUUGGUGGAACUUCUUCUUCGGGUGGUAGUGGUCAGACUGUCACAGUUGUUGGUGGUGAUACUUGUUAUGCAAUCUGGACAACAAAGUGUGGUCAUAAUUGGGAUCAAUCUGCUUUCAGUCAAGCUAAUCCAAGUCUAAACUGUGCUUCUCUUCAAAUUGGUCAACGAGUAAGUUGCGGUGGAAGUGGAGGUAGCGGAGUUGCUAAUCAAGGUGGUGCUGGUAGUCCAUGGUCUAAUUCUGGAAUGUCUUCUUCAUCAUCAUCAUCAUCUAGUGGAUGUAGCAAGAACUUUUCAGCAGUACCAGGUGAUACUUGUUAUGGUAUUUGGACAACUAAAUGUAGUAACCCAUGGAUUGAAUCUGCUUUCUUCUCAAAGAAUGCUGGUAUCAAUUGCGCUGCACUCCAAGUCGGUCAACAAGUAUGCUGUUAG